AUGUACUCCACUUCACUGCUCAGCCCCGCCAUUCUCUUCCCCACCAACAACCCAAAACCCACCACCAAAACCAGACCCAAACACCACCAACUCCGUCCUAGAAUGUCACUCAACCACCAAACACCGCCUCCAAUCGUCAACCCCUUCAACUCCGUAGCCAAGCUCCUGUGGGGCAAAUCCCUCCCACCCCAGCUCCUCAUCUCCACCGUCCGUUCCACCUGGUCCACCGCGUGGCACCUUAUGAUGUCUCAGCUCGCCCCCUCCGAUUCCUCCGGCAGUUACACCCGACCCACCUCCCUAUUUCGCGCCAAUCCCAACCAAUUUCCCGGAGAAAAAGCACCGGGCCCCACAGCCCUCCACCUCUACGUGGGCCUUCCUUGCCCGUGGGCCCACCGGACCCUCAUCGUCAGAGCACUCAAGGGUCUCGAAGACUCCAUCCCUGUCUCAAUUGCAUCGCCUGGCAUAGAUGGUUCUUGGGUAUUCCUGGAUAACAAUACCACCAGUGGGAAUAAGCUUAUUGCUGGUUCUGAUAAGGCCAAUGGGUGUAAAGCCCUCAGGGAGGUUUAUAAGCUACGGCAAGGUGGGUAUAAUGGCCGAUCCACCGUGCCAAUGCUUUGGGAUGGAGAGAGAAAGGAAGUUGUUUGCAAUGAGAGUUAUGAUAUCAUUGAAUUGUUUAAUUCGGGUUUAAAUGGAUUAGCAAGUAAUCCGGAAUUAGACCUCUCACCGCCAUCAUUGAGAGAAAACAUCGAUGAAUGGAAUCGAAUUAUAUACCCCAAUGUCAACAAUGGAGUCUACAGGUGUGGAUUUGCACAGAGUCAAGAAGCAUAUGAUAAUGCAGUGAAUGAGUUGUUUAGCACAUUGGACAAGAUAGAUGAUCAUUUGAGUGCUUCCAGGUAUUUGUGUGGAGAUGUGCUGACCUUAGCAGAUAUAUGUUUGUUUACUACUUUGAUUCGGUUUGAUCUUGUGUACAAUGUCAUGUUCAAAUGCACAAAGAAGAAGCUGAUUGAAUAUCCCAAUCUUCAUGGAUAUAUGCGAGAUAUUUAUCAGAUUCCGAAGGUUGCACAAACUUGCAAUUUCGAAGCAACCAUGGAUGGUUACUACAAAUUUCUUUUCCCGCUGAAUCCAGGUGGUAUUCGACCAAUCAUGCCUUCGGGUUGUGAGCAUGAAGUCCUCUCCAAACCUCACAACAGGGGCUCUCUGUCAUUGGACCAAAAAAAUGUACAGGUUUAUGUAUCAUAG